AGUAAAUAUGUUCAGCAAAUUCGGGAAACUCCUACAAGGGGAGACCGUUAGACUUUCUCAAUGCCGGCGAUUCUAUGGCCAGCCAGUCCUGCCGUACGACUGCGUGCAGGACAUGACGCCUUCCUCUUUGGUCAUCGAAGCUGAGGCGCGUCGAUUCAUUCACGAUUGCCUGCGACGAUUGAACGUACCUUUUGAGAAGCUGCGCUGCGUCAGCGACAUUAUGCUCGCUGCGGACUACAGGGGUAUCCAUGGCAUGGGCAUCGGUCGGUUGGAGACGUAUCUGAACGAUCUGCAAUAUGGUGGUGUGGACAUCACAGCCGAGCCGGAAAUCAUCAGCCAGACGUCGGUAACUGCCCAAGUAGACGGCCAUGGCGCCAUGGGCGUAUUUGUUGGCAAUUUUUGCAUGGAUCUGGCCGUCGAGAAGGCGAUUAAAUCGGGCAUUGGCUUUGUGGUCGCCAAAAGAUCCUAUGACAUUGGCAUGGCCUCUUGGUAUGCAUUUCGAGCCAUGGCCAGCGGCUGCGUCGGACUGGUGUUGUCGAAUUCACCAGCCAUGAUGGUGGCUCCGGGCUGUCGGGAGGCUAGCAUCGGGGCCAAUUGCUUAGCCUUUGGCGCAGACGGUAAUCACUCUCAUUUUAUGCUAGACAUGGCAACCAGUGUAAAGGGGAUGGGUGCUGUGGAGUGGGCGAACAUCAACGACGAGCGUAUUCCGGUCAGCUGGGCAAUGGAUGAGUCUGGCGUGCCCACAACGUUUCCCGGUGUGGCGUUACGGGCUAAUCGACUCAAUCCUGCGGGCGGGCAGAAUGGAUAUUGCCUGGCCACCAUGAUUGACUUAUUGUGCGGAGUUAUGUCUGGUGCCAACUAUGCCACGCGCCUUGCGGCCAUGUCUGCGGAGGAAAAAAAAGUUGCAAGCUCAAAUUUGGGAGUUGCCAUGCUCGCUUUGGAUCCGUAUGUAUUUGUGCCAGACUUUGGAGAGCGAUUAGAUGAUUUCAAGAAGCGUAUCGACAACAGUACUCCGGUGGACAAAUCGCGACCUGUCAGGAUGGCUGGAGAGCGGGAGAGGCUUUACAUGCGCCAUGUCGAUGAGAUGGGUGCGCUGUCCUUUCCCAACACCUUGUUGGCUAAAUUCAAACACAUUGCGGAUAGUCUUAGCGUGCAGCCGAUGCAGCUGGCCUUCAUAAACGCCAAGCCAAAAUACCUUCGGUUCUAGAAUUCUAAAUGUCUAGAUGUUAUUUUAUGUAAAAUAGAGAUUGCAAUUGUUGUGACAAUAUGUGCUGACGCCAGAUGGCGUGUGCAGAGGAAGGAAGCUUAUAUUGCUUAGCAGAAUUGAUGUCAGUAAACGCUGCACACUAAAAACGAAUGUCUUAAGAUGACGCUAAUAGAAAUUCGCUGCCAAUUGCAGCGCCACCUAGGGGUAAUUUUGUUACUUACAUAAGGACAAUAGUGGGAGCAGUUUAUAAAGGAUGAAAGGAAACGUCGUUGGGUGGCGCUAAAAGAAAUUCGCUGCAAAUUGCAGCGCCAUCUAAUGUACAAUUUUAUUACAAUUAAGGAUAAUAGUGGGAGCAGUAAAUAAAGGGAAAAUG